UCCCCGACGAUGCAUUUCUUCAGUUUUCCGGUUGCAUUCGUGCUCCGAUAGUUUGCUCAGGAUGUUGCGAGUCUCAUCCGUGUGUCUCUCUUUGAUCCCAGCGCUGGUUUUCUCUGCUGUGGAUUAUAAAGCAUCCAAGCUGUGGCUUCAGCCCCUGAACGUGACGUUCCUGCAGACGGGAGCGUUUCCCAGCGGGUUUCUCUGGGGCGUCGGGACCUCGGCGUUCCCGACUGAAGGAUCCUGGGAUGCGGACGGGAAGGGCGAGUCUGUGUGGGAUCGUUUCACACAUCAUCCCCGCACCAGUGAUAGUUAUCUCCAAUGGGAAGAGGAUCUGAAGUCAGUUCAGGAUUUGGGAGUGAACUUCUACUCCUUCUCCCUCUCCUGGACUCGUCUUUUCCCGAACGGAGACGCGACGGAGAAUCCCAACCCGGCCGGAGUGGAGCAUUACCGGCGUCUGAUCGGCAGGCUGAAGGAGCUCCAGGUGGAGCCUGUGGUGACUCUGUUCCACUGGGAUCUUCCGCAGGUCCUGCAGGAGCGUUUCGGAGGCUGGUUAAACCGGAGCAUGGAGGACGUGUUCGCCGAUUACGCCGCGUUUUGUUUCCGCACGUUUGGCGGAGAGGUCCGCUACUGGAUCACGAUGCAUAACCCGUUCCUCCUGGCCGCCCUGGGGUACGGGACGGGGGCUCACGCUCCAGGGGUCGCCGGGGGUCGCGCCGACCCCUUCAUCGCGGCGCACAACCUCAUCAGGGCUCAUGCUAAAGCGUGGCACGUUUACGACCAACACUUCCGAGCUCAUCAGAACGGUAAAGUCUCCAUCACUCUCGGCUCUCAUUGGGUGGAGCCUCAUGACGGCAAGGCCUCGCCAGAGAAUCUGGAGCACUGUCAGAAGUCCAUGGAGGCUGUGAUUGGCUGGUUCGCAGAGCCCAUAUAUGGAAGUGGAGAUUACCCAGAGUCCCUGAAGGCCUCGAACCGCGGCGUGAUCCCAGAGUUCACUGCACAACAGAAGCUCUCAGUGAAGGGAACCGCUGACUUCUUCUCUCUGGCCUUCGACCCGGAGACCCUGCGGGUGGCCCAAGCACUGGCCCGGUUCGGGCAGAAGUUGACCUUUGACCUGAGGAGUGUUCUGGUGUGGGUUCGGCUCAUGUACGGUGAUCCGCAGGUGCUGGUGGCCGAGAGCGGCUGGUUCUCGGACGCUUCUGUCGGAGUCGAGGACACGAUGGCCAUUUAUUUGAUGAAGAAGUUCAUCAUUCAAGUCAUGCAAGCCGUGUCCGUGGACGGAGUGAGUGUGUUCGGAUACACAGCCUGGAGUCUGGUGGACGGGUUCGAGUGGAAUCACGGAUACAGCAUGAGGAGGGGAUUAUUCUACAUCGACUUCAGUCAACCCGAGCGCCGCAGGAUCCCGAAGACCAGCGCUCACUUCUACCGGCGACUGAUCCGGGACAACGGGUUCCCGGCCCACAGCACGCCUCACAUCGAGGGCCGCUUCCCCUGCGACUUCCAGUUCGGUGUGUCGGAAUCAAUAUUACAGGUUCACCUGCACCCGUUCUCGCCCCAGUUCACGGAUCCGCACCUGUACCGCUGGAACCACUCCGGCAACAGCGCUCUCAAACCCGUGACGGGGAUCCAGCUUCGCAAUCGGGCCGCCCAGUGCACUGACUUCCUCUACAUCCAGCGCCACCUGUUUCUCCUCGGGGUCACGGGGUCGUCCCACUACCGGUUCGCCCUGGACUGGACCCAGCUUAUGCCCAGCGCCGACCCGUCAUCUGUGGACCCGGAGAAGGUUCGGUUCUACAGGUGUGUGUUGAGCGAACUCGUCCGUAGAGGAAUCCAGCCGGUCGUGACCCUGUAUCUCAGCGACCGGUCGCAAUCGCUGGGAAUGCCUGAACCGCUACAUGCUAACGGCGGAUGGAGGAACCACAGCACCGUCGAGGCCUUCGCAAACUACGCUACGUACUGUUACCAGGAAUUCGGUGGGUUUGUACAGACGUGGAUCACUAUUAAUGAGCCGAACCGGUUAACGGAAGCGCACAACGGGACGGCGGAGGACAGGCGGAUGGUAGCGCGUCACUUGCUACUAGCGCAUGCUAAAGCAUGGCGCGUUUACGAUACGCGGUUUCGCCACCAACAGGGGGCGAUGGUUAGUUUCGCACUUCAUGCUGAUUGGGCCGAACCGGCCAAUCCGUUCGUAGAAUCACAUGAAGCUGCACGGCAGGAUUUUUUGUCGUUCGAAUUGGGCCGUUUUCUAGACCCCGUGUUUGAGGGGCGUGGCAACCCUCUGAUUGGCUUCACCGAUGACGAGAGGGAGGAGCUUAAAGGGGCGCUGGAUUUCAUCGCUUUGAAUCACUUCACGACACGUCUGGUGUCACCGUUGCACAAACCUUCACCACGAAACCCAAACCCACCCAAACCAGCGAACCAGGACCACGGAUACUCGCUGAUGACCGACGUCACCUGGCCGGCGUCACACCUGGGAAUGGCGUUUGUGCCCUGGGGUCUCCGCAGGGUGCUGGGAUGGGUGAAGGAUCGCUAUGGCGAUGGCCUGCCCAUCAUCAUCACAGCGUCAGGGGUGGAUGAUCAAGCAUCCCUUAAUGACCAGCUGAGACAGCGCUAUAUCAGGGACUACCUGCAGGAGGCGCUGAAAGCUCGUGAGUUGGACGGGGUCAAUCUGAGAGGGUUUUAUAUCUCGAAGCUCCAGGAUCAUCACGGUCUUCAGUUUGGUCUCUUCACCUCCGCCGCUCGUCACUCUCGACCCAAAGCAUCCGUCGCCCUUUACCGUGACAUCAUCACCCGCCGCGGCUUUCCGUCUGCUGCCGACCUCCGACCUUUCACCUGCCAGGUCGCGGACACCUGGACGAGCUGUGAACUCUGCAGACACAUCGCAGAGAACAAACCGCUGCUGUUCUUCAGCGUGUGUGUGUCCGUCAGCGUGUCGAUGCUCAUCAUCAUCUCUGUGCUGAGGAAGAGGAGGAUGAGGCAGAGGAGAGCGGUUAACGUCAGGGCGCAGAGACUCGCUGUCCCGCAGAGGUUCCACAUGAUGAGGGUCGCACACAGACCCGGCCGCUUACACUACCGUAUUCCAGGACAGGUUGAGGGAAUGGAGUCGUGGUGUUGUGCGGAAGUCUUUGCCGCUCAGCGUUUGGAUGCGGUUAAGCGACAGGUCCAGGUCUUCUGUGGACGGGUUCAGGCCGGGAGGGACCGAGGACAGUCCGAGGUCCGUCUUCCUGCACUCCGAGAUCUCCGGUGUUCACGCACGGAUCUCAAUGCGCUUCACCUUUUCUUUCCCCGACGAUGCUUUUCUUCAGUUUUCCGGUUGCAUUCGUGCUCCGAUAGUUUGCUCAGGAUGUUGCGAGUCUCAUCCGUGUGUCUCUCUUUGAUCCCAGCGCUGGUUUUCUCUGCUGUGGAUUAUAAAGCAUCCAAGCUGUGGCUUCAGCCCCUGAACGUGACGUUCCUGCAGACGGGAGCGUUUCCCAGCGGGUUUCUCUGGGGCGUCGGGACCUCGGCGUUCCCGACUGAAGGAUCCUGGGAUGCGGACGGGAAGGGCGAGUCUGUGUGGGAUCGUUUCACACAUCAUCCCCGCACCAGUGAUAGUUAUCUCCAAUGGGAAGAGGAUCUGAAGUCAGUUCAGGAUUUGGGAGUGAACUUCUACUCCUUCUCCCUCUCCUGGACUCGUCUUUUCCCGAACGGAGACGCGACGGAGAAUCCCAACCCGGCCGGAUUGGAGCAUUACCGGCGUCUGAUCGGCAGGCUGAAGGAGCUCCAGGUGGAGCCUGUGGUGACUCUGUUCCACUGGGAUCUUCCGCAGGUCCUGCAGGAGCGUUUCGGAGGCUGGUUAAACCGGAGCAUGGAGGACGUGUUCGCCGAUUACGCCGCGUUUUGUUUCCGCACGUUUGGCGGAGAGGUCCGCUACUGGAUCACGAUGCAUAACCCGUUCCUCCUGGCCGUCCUGGGGUACGGGACGGGGGCUCACGCUCCAGGGGUCACCGGGGGUCGCGCCGACCCCUUCAUCGCGGCGCACAACCUCAUCAGGGCUCAUGCUAAAGCGUGGCACGUUUACGACCAACACUUCCGAGCUCAUCAGAACGGUAAAGUCUCCAUCACUCUCGGCUCUCAUUGGGUGGAGCCUCAUGACGGCAAGGCCUCGCCAGAGAAUCUGGAGCACUGUCAGAAGUCCAUGGAGGCUGUGAUUGGCUGGUUCGCAGAGCCCAUAUAUGGAAGUGGAGAUUACCCAGAGUCCCUGAAGGCCUCGAACCGCGGCGUGAUCCCAGAGUUCACUGCACAACAGAAGCUCUCAGUGAAGGGAACCGCUGACUUCUUCUCUCUGGCCUUCGACCCGGAGACCCUGCGGGUGGCCCAAGGACUGGCCCGGUUCGGGCAGAAGUUGACCUUUGACCUGAGGAGUGUUCUGGUGUGGGUUCGGCUCAUGUACGGUGAUCCGCAGGUGCUGGUGGCCGAGAGCGGCUGGUUCUCGGACGCUUCUGUCGGAGUCGAGGACACGAUGGCCAUUUAUUUGAUGAAGAAGUUCAUCAUUCAAGUCAUGCAAGCCGUGUCCGUGGACGGAGUGAGUGUGUUCGGAUACACAGCCUGGAGUCUGGUGGACGGGUUCGAGUGGAAUCACGGAUACAGCAUGAGGAGGGGAUUAUUCUACAUCGACUUCAGUCAACCCGAGCGCCGCAGGAUCCCGAAGACCAGCGCUCACUUCUACCGGCGACUGAUCCGGGACAACGGGUUCCCGGCCCACAGCACGCCUCACAUCGAGGGCCGCUUCCCCUGCGACUUCCAGUUCGGUGUGUCGGAAUCAAUAUUACAGGUUCACCUGCACCCGUUCUCGCCCCAGUUCACGGAUCCGCACCUGUACCGCUGGAACUACUCCGGCAACAGCGCUCUCAAACCCGUGACGGGGAUCCAGCUUCGCAACCGGGCCGCCCAGUGCACUGACUUCCUCUACAUCCAGCGCCACCUGUUUCUCCUCAGGGUCACGGGGUCGUCCCACUACCGGUUCGCCCUGGACUGGACCCAGCUUAUGCCCAGCGCCGACCCGUCAUCUGUGGACCCGGAGAAGGUUCGGUUCUACAGGUGUGUGUUGAGCGAGCUCGUCCGUAGAGGAAUCCAGCCGGUCGUGACCCUGUAUCAUCCCAGCAACCGGUCGCAAUCGCUGGGAAUGCCUGAACCGCUACAUGCUAACGGCGGAUGGAGGAACCACAGCACCGUCGAGGCCUUCGCAAUCUACGCUACGUACUGUUACCAGGAAUUCGGUGGGUUUGUACAGACGUGGAUCACUAUUAAUGAGCCGAACCGGUUAACGGAAGCGCACAACGGGACGGCGGAGGACAGGCGGAUGGUAGCGCGUCACUUGCUACUAGCGCAUGCUAAAGCAUGGCGCGUUUACGAUACGCGGUUUCGCCACCAACAGGGGGCGACGGUUAGUUUCGCACUUCAUGCUGAUUGGGCCGAACCGGCCAAUCCGUUCGUAGAAUCACAUGAAGCUGCACGGCAGGAUUUUUUGUCGUUCGAACUGGGCCGUUUUCUAGACCCCGUGUUUGAGGGGCGUGGCAACGCUCUGAUUGGCUUCACCGAUGACGAGAGGGAGGAGCUUAAAGGGGCGCUGGAUUUCAUCGCUUUGAAUCACUUCACGACACGUCUGGUGUCACCGUUGCACAAACCUUCACCACGAAACCCAAACCCACCCAAACCAGCAAAUCAGGACCACGGAUACUCGCUGAUGACCGACGUCACCUGGCCGGCGUCACACCUGGGACUGGCGUUUGUGCCCUGGGGUCUCCGCAGGGUGCUGGGAUGGGUGAAGGAUCGCUAUGGCGAUGGCCUGCCCAUCAUCAUCACAGCGUCAGGGGUGGAUGAUCAAGCAUCCCAUAAUGACCAGCUGAGACAGCGCUAUAUCAGGGACUACCUGCAGGAGGCGCUGAAAGCUCGUGAGUUGGACGGGGUCAAUCUGAGAGGGUUUUAUAUCUGGAAGCUCCAGGAUCAUCACGGUCUUCAGUUUGGUCUCUUCACCUCCGCCGCUCGUCACUCUCGACCCAAAGCAUCCGUCGCCCUUUACCGUGACAUCAUCACCCGCCGCGGCUUUCCGUCCGCCGCCGACCUCCGACCUUUCACCUGCCAGGUCGCGGACACCCGGACGAGCUGUGAACUCUGCAGACACAUCGCAGAGAACAAACCGCUGCUGUUCUUCAGCGUGUGUGUGUCCGUCAGCGUGUCGAUGCUCAUCAUCAUCUCUGUGCUGAGGAAGAGGAGGAUGAGGAUGAGGAGAGCGGUUAACGUCAGGGCGCAGAGACUCGCUGUCCCGCAGAGGUUCCACAUGAUGAGGGUCGCACACAGACCCGGCCGCUUACACUACUAACCAUCUCGCCCAAACCUCACCACACACACACACGACACUCGUACUUCCCGUGCACUUUAUAACACAGCUUUCCCUCGCGGGUCAAAUGACCCGAAGCCCUUAAAUUAGACUUAAUUAUUUUUUUAAUAUUUUUUGGUCCAGAAAACUUAAAUUAUUUUAUUUUGAUAAUAUUUUUUCGAUUUUU